AUGAGUACCCUUGUCCUUUCUCCCUCUUCUCAUCAUCAUCAUCGUCAUCAUCAACAGCAGCAACAAGAAACAAGUGAUCAUCGUCAAAAACAAUCUAGUACAACAUCAACAAAUAAAACACGUUCAACUCCUGUUGAUCCACUUCAUGCUCGGUAUUUAAUUGCUCAUAAGAUUGCAUCAGGCGGUUUUGGAGAUGUUUAUGCUGGUGUACGAAAAAAAGAUGGAAUGCAAGUUGCAAUUAAAAUUGUUGCAAAAAAACGGAUGCGUGAAAUAAAUACACCCGAUGGAAAAUUACCACUUGAAGUUAUUUUAUUACGUCGUGUAGCUAAAGUUAAAAAUGUUAUACAUUUAGUGGAAUAUUUUAUUCAUAAUGACCAAGUUGUUAUUGUACUAGAACGACCUGAACGUUGUUGUGAUUUAUAUGAUUUUAUAUCUGAACGUACAGGUGGUCUUGAUGAACGUUUAGCACGAGAUUUUUUCAAACAAAUUGUACAAAUUCUUAAAGAUGUUCAUGCAUGUGGAGUUCUUCAUCGAGAUAUAAAAGAUGAAAAUUUUCUUAUUGAUAUGCGUACUGGACAAUUAUAUUUAAUUGAUUUUGGUUCUGGCGCUUUAUUACAUGAUGGCAUUUAUACAGAAUUUGAAGGAACUUCAUGUUAUGCUGCUCCAGAAUGGGUUACAUGUCGACGAUAUUUUGGUUUACCACAAACAGUUUGGUCAUUAGGAAUACUAUUAUAUGAUUUAGUUUGUGGUGAUAUACCAUUUUCUGAUGAUUUAGCUAUUAUUAAGUGUCAACCACAAUUUCCAAAUCAUCUUUCAUCAGAAUGUGUACAAUUAAUCGAACAAUGUUUAUCAAUAAGAUCAUCUGAACGACCUACAUUAGAGCAAUGUUUACAAUCUGAAUGGUUAAAACUUCCUUCAUCAAAAGACUUAAGUUUAUCACUAGUACCACGUCGUCGUGGUGGCUAUAAUCAUAAUCAAUUAAAAGACUUACAAUCAUUAUCGAAGUCGACGACAAGUAGUUUUUCUUCUCGCGGUAAUUCAUUGUAG